CGCGUUCGAUCUGUUCUCCUAUCAUAUUUCACUCGAUGCGGCCUCGGACGAUUUCAGAGAUUCCACAGCGAUCCCGGACACAUAUUUCAAUUCAGGCGCGGUGGUGAAGCAGCUGGUCCACGUGUUUUGGCUGUCAUGUUAUGGGGACCCGGAUCGAAAUUUGUGUACUACAACCGUUCCCACCAGAUGACACUGCCCGGUGUCACUGCCUCCAACGGGCUUUGGGAGGUGCCUUUCGCUGCCCUCAAACAAGCGGGUUGCUGUAAGGGUUCCAAGGUCGAUUACGAGCACGGUGGUUUAUCUAUUCAUGACGGCCGGCUCGCCUUUGAGAUGAACGUAGGAGAUCCAAUCGCCUCAAUAUUCGCAACACCAGAUGUGAUUGUCAAAUGGUCCAAAAUGGUCCUACCAAACACACCUGACAUGAUUGAUAAGGUCGCUGAGCUAUCAAGGGAAAACGAAAUAGUCGAAUUCCAUAUGCGAUUUGAUGCAGCCGGUACAAUCGAGCCGUUGCCACAGGUUAUGCAGUCCGAACCUGAAUCUCCUUGA